UUUGAAAAUAACCUAGUCUAAAGCAGGAAUCAAUCACAGACGUGGACAUGCAUACGGAUUCGUUGGGCCUUCGUCAAUCUGUUUGGUUUUUGAUUUUGUUGGAAUCGUGUUUAACUUUCUACAACUUACCUUCGUUGUGAAGUUCAAAGUUUUCCUGGGCUGCCGCAAACGCUCGCUACGAAGGACACUCAUCGUUGUUUCAGACAGAACCGGGUACUUUUUUUGUUUGCGGGAAAGAUACUUUUUUUUGUAGACUAGUUUUGAAUUGAAGAUCUCGUAGAACUACAAUGUCGGGUGCGGACGAAGUCCGCGGAUACAACGAUGAGGGCCGAAAUUUGCGCAUUCCGGUGCAAGACACGGGCCCCACGCCGAUUUAUUUCGGACCCCAGGACCGGUUGUCAAAAACUCACCAUUAUCAAAUGUAAAAAUGUCUGGGUCUGGAAGAUUGUGACACUUGUCAUGCACGUUUUGCAUGAGCCAUGAUGUCUGUGAUGCAUACUCUAGCAAUACGGAUCUUUUGAGGGCUUCUUGAUGCGUAUUCCGCAUGACAAAUUCCCUCUCCGCGUAGCCAAAAUUGCAUUUCCUUUUUUGGUCAUGCAAUACAGAUUUUUUUAGAAUCCAAAUGCAGCACCACAAGUUCGGAUUCUUCCAGACCCAGACAUUUUUACAUUUGAUAACCAUGCGGCAUUUCGAAAGUACUGCGACAAGCCAGGGCACGAGCACACCGGCAUUGAUGACAUACAGGUACCUGCCUGCGUUGAGAUGUGCGUUGCUUUGAGUGGUUCUAGUUUUAUUUUUGAAGAAAGUUCAGCGUGGCAGGUACAGGCUUGAAAAUUGAUCGGUUUUCAUCUGAUGGCAUAUGAAUGCAUUUCAUUUUCAGCUCGGCAGACUACACAAGAUUCCAGCCCGAAAAAUUGGCCACAUGCCAAGGGUUGACCAGCCGAAGUAUGUCACAAAUGUGAGUAAGUACCUCGGGUAUAUCCCGAAGAAGGGGCCAUGCAACCAAUUCUCGACAAGGUGGCACCAGGGAAUAGAAAUUGCCUACCAGAGGCUCGGUACAGAAAUUAUUUGAAUUAGGAUUACUUUUUCGAUCUCAUGCGGUUUUUGUGUUGAACAAUUGAUCUUGAUGCGAACUCUUGACAUGGUGCGCAAAAGAUUGUUUUUCGACCAUAAGAUGGAUAGAAAAUGAUCGUCCUUCUAGUAUAAAACAAAAACAGGUAAAUGCGGUCCUUCGAAGCUCGAGCGCGCCAUUGACAAUCCGAAAGCCCUGCAGAAGAAAAAGUCGAUGAAGCAAAUACAAAGAGUGCCUGGUACCAGCACGAAUCAACCAGCUGUGUACUCGGAAACUGUCAUCGGCAAGAAACUCGGAGACGCCAACGCGCGGGCUCAGGAAUUGAGAGAAGUAUGAAAGUAUAUGUUGAGUUUUGUGGUUUAAAUCUUCUUGCGAACGUGUAAAAAUCAAAAUUGAUUUUCACGAAAAAAAUAAACAGUACAACCCAUACGGUACGGCGCAGUGGUUUCAUCGGGACCCGAAGUAUUCGCUUUCAUGGACAAGAUUAAAUCCUGGAUCCGACCUUAGGGUAGAUCUGCAAGACCAAUACACCCCGGAAGAGAACAAGUAUACUUCUUACAUUUGGAUCAUCUCGUAUGUAGAAGAUCAAGUUGUCGCUGUGAGUCUUUGUUUUGUUGUUUCACAUUGUGGUGCAUGCAGUUGAACGUGGCGAUUUCCUCGUGACUAGAUGACGCCCCUAAUGCACAAAAAGCUGCAAAAAGGACGAAGCAAAAACAAUAAACGAUCCAACACGACAGGUACGCGAGCCUCUGUGCGAUGGAGCGAGAAAUUAUGCCAUUGUCGUACACCGAGCCGAUGACGUGGUGCAAGUACACGGCGGGCCUCAGUCACGAGUCCGGUUUGAGCUACAACCCGGGGAACCUCAAAAAGCACAACGUUUCCACCAUGAGAGCCGCGGGGUGCCCGAGUCACUACGGCACCGAGCAGCUGGAAUCGGCGCGCUGGCAGAUGCACAUGUGGUUCAGCCGCGAUCCGAGCUGCGGCUCCAUGAAGCGUGGCAACAUGAUUGAGCCGCACUAGUGGACGGUGGAUGAAAACUGUUUUUACGUGACAAAGAACGUGAGUAGAAAGAUGACGCUAGAUAAAGAAUUUCUAUUCACGUAGAAAGCUGAUCUUCUGUGUACUAACAGAAACCUACGUCUUCAUGUGCUUUCCAGAUUCUAGUGCUUGCUAAUUCUCCACGGUCGUAUUGUUGCGAUACUGCGUCGUGGUGCCUCACUUUGAAGAUCAAAGAAUGCGCGCGGUCGCGUAGAGCUGCUCGUUUGAUGAACCUUUUUGUAUUUUCUAUUCCCAAUGAACCACUUUCGGUUUCGAAGUCGCAAACGCAAGAAUGGCGGGUUUGCGCUUUCGUAAGUAACGGUAUCGAAGUGUUUAGUCGCACCUAAUUUAUUCACACUUGAGUUAGCCAUUAAAGUAUUGAUCUAGAUUACACCAUCGCUUUUGUUCUCUAUACGUUUAUGUCAUGUUAGUUUAUGUCAUGGAUUACCUUUGUGCGAUAGUCAUAAUCGCCACAGCGAGAAAACGGAGGCUGUAACAAAUUCGCUUCUCGUUAUUUCAUACGGAUUGCGCUUGCGGUUUGCGUUAACUUUCUUUGAUUGUAUCUAUGUUGCGUUUGAGAAAUCUUGUAUUUGACGUAUCCACAAAACGCCUGUACAUAUUGAUUUGUCGACGGAGGCCUUCAAGAAAAUUUAUCUGUACAA